UGGUGCCGAUUGUUUCGGAUUGUUUUAGUUCGAAAACAUAGAACACACUUAAUUUUAGAAAAAAUAAACAUAUAAAUGUGAUUUUGGCGCGGCACCUUAAGCACUAGUGUACAGUGUAUUUUUGUAUGACGGAAAAUAAAUUUAUAUAAAAAAAAACUAAUAAAUAUUUUAGUAGAAAUCAAAGUGCAAUCAAUUUAUAUAUACAACUAUAUUUUAAUUUAGUGAAUGAAAGAAAUAGUUAACAGUAAAAUAUUAAUUGAAAACUAGCAGUUAAAAGUUAACAGCAAAAUGUCCAACACGGAGAGAAGGGGUUUCAACAAAAUCAGAGAUAUGCUAUCAUGUCGUCAAGUACUCAAUUUACUCACCAUGCUUGGCUUCAUGUUGAACUAUGCACUUCGAGUGAAUCUGACUAUUGCUAUUGUUGCAAUGGUGCAUCGAGAUGCUCAUUCACCGCCACGUAACAGCAGUGCAGCAAAUGCCAUACAAAAAUAUGAUAAUGGCACAGUAAUCUCUACAACGACAUCAACAACCACGCAGCUGCCACCGGUUGACGACAAUAAUGAUUAUUUUCCUUGGAACUCUUAUCAAACGAACUUUGUACUGGGUUCCUUUUUCUGGGGCUAUAUACUAACAGAGCUGCCAGGUGGCCGACUUGCUGAAUUGAUUGGUGGACGACGCGUCUUUGGUCAUUCCAUGCUCUGGGCUAGUGUGCUCACAUUAGUUACACCAUUAGCAGCACACAUCAACUAUAUAAUGCUAAUAAUUGUACGCGUCUUAUUGGGCUUCAUGUUGGGCGCAUCAUGGCCAGCUAUACAUCCCGUGGCCGCUGUAUGGAUUCCACCAAUGGAACGUUCCAAAUUUAUGUCGAAUAUGAUGGCAUCCUCCUUGGGCGCAGCCAUUACGAUGCCUGUUUGCGGUUUCUUCAUUUCCAUUUGGGGUUGGCCCAGCGUUUUCUACUUAACUGGCGGUGUUGGCCUUUUGUGGUCGAUUUGUUGGUUCACCUUUGUUUACGAGACUCCAGCCACUCAUCCACGCAUUACUUCGGAGGAACGUCGUGAAAUUGAAGAUGCUAUUGGCACCUCGACAUCAAAGACACGACCCAGUUAUGUGCCAUGGCGUGAUUUGUUCUCUUCAGGACCUGUUUGGGCAAUUAUAAUUACGCAUGGUUUAUCUGUAUUUGGUUUCUUUACUGUAAUAAAUCAACUGCCGACUUUUAUGGAUCAGAUAUUGCUUUUCAAUAUUAAGCAGAAUGGUCUCUUCUCAUCGUUACCUUAUUUGGGCAAAUACAUUAUGGCCUUAAGCUCUUCCUGCUUCGCUGAUUACCUGCGCCAGAGGGGUACACUCUCGACGACGGCUACAAGGAAGGUUUUCACGGGUUUUGCACUUUUAUCGCCUGGCACAUUGAUGAUUGCCCAAAUAUUUUUGGGACGUGAUGCGGCAUGGUCAGUGACAAUAUUUACCUUGGCAUUAUUCACACAUGGUGCAGUAACAGCUGGCUAUCUUGGCAACGGCCUAGACAUUGCGCCAAAUUUCAGUGGCACAAUUUUUGGACUUGCUAACACCCUGUCAUCGUUCGGUGGAUAUGUGUCGACUUGGAUGGUUGGUACGCUGACCUACGAGAACGAAUCCUACCAUCAAUGGCAAAUUGUGUUCGGUAUUCUAGCGGGCACAUACAUUUCCAGCGCUAUCGUCUAUAUCAUUAUGGGUUCCGGUGAACUUCAGCCGUGGAACAAUCCACCAGAAAGGAAACGCAGAUCGGUUGCAAAUGCAGAAGAGGGCGAGCCAUUGAAAAAUGAGAAACUACAUGUGUUGGAGAAAGCGGAGAAAGCGUUAAUAUGAGACAUUCUCUUAAAGUUUAGCAGAAUUUAAUGUAAAUGUAAAUAUUCAGCAUGUAUUUCAGGAAGCAGACAAAACGAAGUUUAAAGUAUUAGAAACAUUUUUUCAUAAUACUUAACACCUUGUAGACACAGUAAAAGGUGAAGUUGGUAGAAAAAAUAGUUGUAAUGAAAAAAGCAAUUAAGGCCACUUCAGUCACUUAUUUAGAUAUGUGCGCCCACCUAUACGAGAAAUGCCAUAACUAGUGAUUGAAAUUAAUUUAAGUAUGUACGCCAACAAAAUUUUAUAGUAGAUAUAAUAAUUGUAGAAGUAAUAAGUGGAUAUAAGAUAGGAAUAUUGAAUGUUUGGAAAAAUACUCACACAUUUGUGUGUGGAGAUAAAUGUUGCUCCAUUCCAGUCUUGUCAUGACGGAAGAUAACGAAAACACAAGCUAAUACUGAAAAGACUUAAAAUAUUUGCCUUUACAUAAAAUUAUUUAAUAAAUAAUUGGUAAAUUAGGCUGGGUUUUGUGUAAAUCAUAUAUGUAUGUAUGUAAUUAGCUAUGUCGAAAAAUCAACUAACAGUUUCAAUGCAUACAUACAUACGUACAUGCAUGUGACCACGAAUGAGAUGCCAAAAAAUAUUAAAAUAACUAGCGCGUUUAGAUUAAAAUAUAGUCGAGUAAUAAGUUUUUAAAAUUUUAAGCAAUCUCGCAUUACAUUGCAAAUAUUGUUUUAUGAUUUUUCCAAACAUUUUAUUUAUUAGAACUUAAUAGUUUAAUACAAUAUAAAAAUAUGUACAAUAAAGACAUUAAUUAAGUUCGGAUUAUGAAUACACAUAAGUUAAAAGAAAAAAAUGUAAGCCCGUAAUAAAAAAAUAAAAAAAUAUUAUAUGCAUGUCAUUAGGGUUAUUUAUGACGACCGUUUAGAAAGAGUAUACAUUUCUUGUGCCCCCGACAGUCGGUUCAACGUUAACGGAACGACAUGGAUUUACUAUAUAUCCGGCCAAGGACUGUCGGUCCAGCAGUACCCCCCGAACAUGUUUGGGGAAGGUUUUUGCUGCUACUACAACAACGUAAUACUUUUGUAUAAUUAUAGGAUUUCAGCAAAAUAAUUGUUCAGACAUUUGUACAUACAUACAUACAUAUAAUAUAUGAUUACAAUGAAGGUCUGAAGUAUGUCUGGAUCAGGCCUACACGAUGUUCAUAAAUAUUUAUUUCAUAUUAAAUAAUAAUUUGCAAAAACAUGUGUAUAAGCUUUAUGAAUUAUGUUACAGUUCAUUUUCUAUAAUUAGCGCUGCAAACUGCAAACUGCAAACUGUUUAUUGUUUAAUGCAAUUUAAUACAAAUAAAGUUAGUACUAAACUCAUA